CUUACUUCGACUGCAUAGACGCAAUAGUAUUCCCUGUUACAGAAAGGGAACAGAAAAGAAGAGUGAAAGAGCCAAAAAAUUUCAAAUUCAGGAGAUUGCUUUUUAUCAGACAGAGGAUUCAAACCAAAAUGUUUUUCAAGAAAAGUGUCUUUACUGUCGUACUAUGGCUCAGCAUUCUCUGUAUCAAAGGCAAGCCUAUACACAAUUCAGGCGCUAAUGUUUCUGAUGAGGCUGCAUCAGGUUCAGGAGAGUCCAUGCAGUCCGAAAAGCCUUUAGCAACAACUCCAAAUGCAUCACUGCCAGAAGUAAGUCCCAGUGCUGCCUUUGGAGACAUAGCAUACUCGGGUAUCGGUGCUAACCCCCUUUUAGAACCAGGCAAAGGGCCAGUGGCAAUCUCUAACACUGAACCAACUCAAAACAAAAUAAAAGAAACUGCCGAAGCUUCGGGGGAAACAGCUGUUCGCACAACUGAAACAAAUUUACAGAGUAAACCAAAUUCAGACAUUUCAUCUCAAAAUCAGGAAGCUGUCGAAAGUGGACAAGAAGAGGCUUCAGCUGGUGGAAAUCUUAUCAGCCAAGAAGAUGAGGCAGAAAGAAAUCAUGACAGCAAUAUAGUCAUGUCUCCUACAAAAGAUGGGGAAAAGGAAGGGUCAAAGGAAACACAAGGUUCCAAGGAAAGCGAGUUAGUUGGAGAAGUUGAUGCAAACACAAUUCCAAAUUAUUUCUUUGAGAAACGAGAUUCAGUUAUGCAAACUUCCAAGAAUUACCCUGCUUUGGUCCAAGCUGAUGCAUUUGAGGAUGAGGCAGGUCAAAGUGUUGAUAGUAGAGCUGUUAUCGUGGAAAAGCCAAACGCUGGAUUGGAAAGAGAAGACGAUAGUGAGGGGAGGCAGUCCAGAUAAUUAACAGGAUCUUGCAAUAUUGUGAACCGAUGUACAUCAUAACGCAGAAUAAGGAGUGAAUCGUGUAUCAACAUGAACAAAUAAAACCUCUUGGAUUAUCUUGGUUAAGCUUGAGUUUAUAUAAAAUAUCAAACUAAAUGUUAGAAGCAUAUUGUCAUUUGGUUUCACAGAUGCUCUAAGCUUGUUGUUGAGAUGCAUUAUUAAAUGGCUGCCAUACCAAUUGAAAUGUGAUGACUUUUUCUUUCAUUGUCGUAUUUGUAGUAAAAUCUAUGUGUGAUUGAUCUAUUUAGUAAAAUCUAAAUGCAGCGAAGCAUUUCAGAA